AUGGACAGUCGCCUUCGUUUCCAUGAGCAUAUAUCUACCCUCAGUGGCAGGAUGCGCAAACUAAUCUACGUCUUCAAGAACCUAAGGCAAGUGGCUGAUGAUAAGUUGAGGCGAUCCGUUUAUUUUGCCCUUGCUCAAUCGCUUCUGACGUACUGCAUCACAACCUGGGGUGGUGCUCCAAGGAGCACUCUUCUAGAGCUAGAAAGAGCCCAAAGGGCAGUACUAAAAGUUUCUUUGACCCUACCGUUCAGAUAUCCUACUUCUCUCUUAUACAAGAAAGCUAAAGUUCUAACGGUUGGGGACAGAGACAGUGUCAAAGGCUUUUGCAAGGGCAAGAAAUAUGGUUAA